GUGUAAGGCAAUCGUUGCGUUGAGGACAGACUGUAGAAUGAGUAUUUUCCACUAGCUGCUCGGACCAAGCUUCUCCGAACCCCCUUCGUUUGGCAAUCCUGUGACUAUUCUUCUGACAGCUGCUACAGGACUAUGCAAUAAGCACUACAGAUCAUUUUAUUUGCUCGGAGCUGAUCCAGCCUACGUUGAAACAUGAGCGGGCUCUUCAACCCCUUUGCGGAGCCUGAGGCGGAUAAGGAUCGGGGUUUCUCGUUCUAUAGUGAUCCUCUCACUGCGUACGCCUCCGCGCCGCACCCUGCACCCGCGCCUAGGCCCCCCGGUCCCGGCUAUACGCCCCCGGUCCAGCCAUCCGCCUCAGGUAGAGGCGGACCGCAGCCGCCGCACCAGCAGCAGCAGCAUGGGCCGUUCCCUGGGCCCCCUCCGUUCGCUGGCGGCAGGGGCAGAGGCCGCGAUGGGGGCAGCGGUGAUGCCCCGACUGCGUACGGCAGAGGUGGUGGCGGCCGGGGUCGUGGCGGAGGAGGCGGCCGUUGGGGUGGCGGCGGGUAUGGCGGUUACCCCGGUCCUCAGUCGCACUAUGGGCCAGGGGGUCGCGGCGGCGGCGGUGGUCGGGAUCCGUUCUAUCAGCAACCGCACGGCUACGGGGCAGGUGGCGGUUGGCCCGGGGGUCCUCCGCCAGGGCCUCCAGGCGGGCCCAUGGGUCACAUGGCGCCACACCCUCAGCAAGCAUACCCUUCGUACGGCGGGCAGCGGCCGAACAAGUGGAUUCGUACUGAAGCUCCUCAGGGUGUCGCCGCUGCGGCUGCUGGUGGGGCUGCGGGCGGCAGCGGGGCAGAUGCAGGCAUGCAGGCUCCGAUGGGGCUCCAGGCGUCUCCAGCGGGAGGGCACGGUGGCCAUGGGGCGUUUGGAAGAGGCGCCGCAGAGAAGGGCGUUCACAGCGGCGGCCGGGGUCGCGGGAGCCGCGGUGGGCGAGGUGGAGGCGGCCAUGCCGCGGGAGGGUCAGCUGAUGAGGACGCCCCAAAUCCUGCCGCCAUGCAGGCGUACUACAAACCUACAUUCAGCGCUGACCCCUGGGUCGCUCUGGCGCCACGACCGUUGCAGCCUGUCGACAGCCCUGCUUUACGACCUUUGCCGUACGGCGAUGCAGCAGCCGACCACGGUAGUGGAGUACGGCAAGCGGUUGUGGAUACGAGGAAGCUGGGCGGCGCAAGCCUGGCUGACAUCUUUGCGCAGGGAGAGGAUGCUGCUGCCGAGGGCGGUGAUGUGGAGGAGGCAGGCGAAGGUAUUAGCUCAGCGGGAUUAGAUGAGGGGCCUGAAGAGGGCGACGAGGAUGCUGCUGUUGGUGGGGAAGGGGGCGAGGGCGGAGGUGAGCAGGGUGGCAGGUUGAGUACGGAGGGAGCGCAGGACCGGCCUUGGCAUUGAGGGUCCGCGUAGUCGCCUGUGUGGCUGUGUGCUGUGACUACCGGUACACAGCUGUGUGCGGUUGCCUGGCUGCUGCGGCUGGGGUGUCAUUGGGUGUGCCUUGAGGGAAAGGCUGGGGGUCCAUGAGAGCGGGCAUGCAUGUGGGGCACGCGGGGUUGUUGGUUGCUGCUUCCAGGUGACACUUGACGUGGCGUGUUUGGGUCAUGUAUGUGAGAUGCGAGGAAACACUGACCGUGACUGUGGCAGAACAAUAGUCGCUUAGAUGUCAUCCAAGCGGGGGCAGGCAGCUGAGCCGCGAGGAAACACUGACCGUAGGUAGGCUGCGGACUGCGGCGUUUCUGGCCUUGCAGCCUUUUACGGCAAGAGGGACAAUGGCAUGAGGAAAAGAUGGGUCCUUGUCGCACUUGUUAGUAGUGACAUGAGGGAUGAAGAGGGGCAAGGUGGCGGGUGCAGAAUCACGUGAAAGAGUAAUAGCCACAUCUGCAGGUUACUAUUGGGUCAAAAUCAGCGCACCGGGGCUCCGUGAAUUAAAUUAGUCCAAAUAAGGAAGAUGCUGGAAGGGGUAGGGUUGUAACAUGCCACACUAACGAUGGGUGAAACUGACAUUUCUUCUUCUGCCCGUCAGGCGGGCAUCGUUUUUAACCUGGAUCCCUG